UUAAAAAAUCGAAGCAGUGUCAUUGGUCGAUACAGAGACGUCAUUUCAAUCUUUUGACGGCGUUGCGCAUAUUGUAAUUUUUGACUCUCACUCAUCGUGGCUGCCAUGUUUUUUUUCAUGUGGGGUGUAUGUGUAUAGAAACUAUCAUGAUAAUUUCACCAUAUAAACUACUAAGGAAGUAAGGGGUGCACUAAGUGCGUCAUUCGUUAAUAGCUAGUGACAAUGAACAAAAUUUACUAAACGCGAAGACCGACUCGAGAGCAAACUACGAACCACUAGCAAAGAUUAGGCCAAAGAAAUAAGGAUGUUUUAGUACGCUCGCAUUCUAAGGAUCGAUAUAAGCACACGGCCCCUGGCAAUUGAAAAAUGGACAUUCGAUUUUUGAGCAUUAUGAUUGUGUUUGAUAGCAGCAAAGAUUAUAUCGGGCAGGAUGCGUAAGCAUAAGAGAGGGAGCCAGGCCUACGCCUGCUGGCCUGCUACAUCCAGAGAACUGCACCUGAUUCCGCACUCCAUCUGAUACUUGCACACAAUACACAGAGGAUAUGCAGUGCCCAAUUGUUCAGGAAAGGGACCGUAACCGGGGAAAUGUUAAAAUGAAGACAUUUAACACUUUUAAGAAUUCUUAUAAAAAGGAGUCUAAUCUGGACAACAUUGUUGAUCAGCUGUGCACAAGACUUCAAGAUAUUAAAGAUCAAGAAAGCGCGUCGUUAAUAGGCAUGCCCACGUGUUCUUUGGAACAAACAGAGGCUGUGCGUCGAUAUUACGCUGCAUUCCCGGCUCUGAAGAAAGGACAAGAGUCGCCAUUGCAGUAUUAUUUGCCGCCACCGGCCUGGUGUCGUAAACAUACGCCCGAUACGAAGGUCAAGAUGCAAAGUGAACUCUCAAUGUCUAAAGAUUGGAAUUCCAAAAAUAAAAAAAAUUGUCCCGGUAAAGAACGUCGAAGCUCGUACCACGGUCAAAAAAAGAAUAAUAGAAGACGUUAUAACAGUUACACUAGAUCAUUUGAGAGCAAAGAAAAUCUCCCAGAGUGGAUGACACACGAAGGCGUUUGGGAUAUGGAAACUCAAGAUCCAGUUAAAGAGUUCAUUAGAGCGAUAGCAUUGGAUGAAGGUUAUGGUACUUGCGAGAACACGGUGACUGACGAUAUUAAAGAUAUAAACCAAGUAAAGUUCAGAUUUAAAGAAAACAUGGUGCCCAACUGGGAUGACAGCCUCGACUUCGAUGCCGAGUGGGUCAUCACAGAUGAUUUAAAUCCGCGGGUGAGGUCUCCGAUGGAGGAGGAGCUAUACGCGAAAUUCGAAGCUAAGUUCGAUAGGAGCAUCGAGGCGCUCUGGUCGAAAGACCAGAAUACUCCAGAUGACGAGUACCAGGACCUGCCGAUCGACUUUCAAGAUUUGCUGUCGUCACCAUCUGAUCAUCUCUUCGCCGAUCCGUCCGCCGAGAAGUGCAGCAUGAUCUCGCUUACCGAGAGCAUCUGGUCUAAUGACGUCGCCGACGUCCCGAGUGGCGACCGCGCCGACCGUGCCGACUCGCCCACCCUCAUCGCCGAGGGUCUCCACGACCGCUUCCGCCCGCUCAACAUCGAUGACGCGGAGCCGCCCUGCCCACGUGAGAUUGAGUCUUUCUCGCUUUACGACGGCGACGAGCUUUACGAUGCGCUCUCUACCGUCGCUAAGACGAUGCGCUCCUUCACCGCCAUUAACCACAGCCGUGAUCGCAGCGGCUUCGUCGAAGUGCCGCCACGGCGCCGCCGAGACGAGCCGCCAGCUGCGCCGCCGCCCCGCGCGCCACUUGUCACCCGCACGCCCGUCGAGCGCGAAGAUCUUCUCACCUCUGGGCGUACGCACUUUCGCCCCAUCCGUCGCGAGGUCGAUGCGGAACCGACUCGCUACGCCGACGGCGACACCUUUGACAUCCGCGGCGAUCUCGACCCCGUCGAGUUCCAACGCAGCGAGUCUGGCGGUGUUUACCUCGGCGAAUCGCUCGAGCGGUAUCUCGAGUACCGCGUUGCGCGCAGCAUCGACUACGGCCGUCUCAACCUGACCGCCGCUCAGCGUUGCCCGGAUCUCGACGACCCGGCCUUCCGGCUGCGCUUCCCGGUGCGCCAGAUCGACGCCGGCGUUCAAACCGAGCGCCGCGCCGACGCCGCCUGGGAAUGCGACGAGUGCGGUGGCUCCGCUAAGAAGAUGCGGCCGAGUGCGAUCCGCAGCAUCUGGAGCGAGUCGAACGCGUGUGAAUGUGGCGGCGCAUCGGGCGGGCCGGGCGGUGGGCCCGGAGAGCGAGCCGCCGCGCCGCCUCCCGACGAGCUGUCUCGCGAGUGGGAGGAGCUGCUGGAGGACAUCAGCGCGGCGCACCGGCUGUAUGCGAGCGAGGCGGGCGACGCGGGCGACGAGGCGGGCGUGGGCGCGGACCGCAAGCGGCGCCACAGCGCGGCGCUGCGCUGCGCGGCGGCGCCGUGCUCGCACCCGCACGCGCGCUUCCUGCACUGCUGCGCCACGGCGCUCGACCGCCCGCUCACGCGCUGACCGCCCGACCCCGAGCCCGAGGACCUACGUGCCGCCCGGUUAUUCGUUUGUCGGUCGUUGCUUUAGGUAUAGUUCCCCUUGAAGCGCGUAGCUUGUAGUGUGUAAAUUAGUUUAUGUGCGAGACCACCGUCAACUCGAUUUUUUCCUUUUCGAGGGUGACGCGAGAUUUGCCCGAUGUAAAGAAUAUUACCCGACUCGUGUAAGUGUUUGACUGACCAUCGUUUCUCUUGAAUGUAGACGAAUAUUUCGUUUACCUGUAGUGCCUUGUUCGUAAUGUUAAAAAUAAAUCGACUUAAAAUGACAAUUUUCCUCUGGAAAUGCUUCAGGCACUACGACCGACGAAUAGAAUAACUCGGUAGCGAAUCGUUGUCAGUAUCGUUUCGAAUAUGUUGGUAUCACUUUUACUUCGGGUGCAAAUUUAACGUUUAGCUAACUAUUUAGUUUUCAUGUGUUUGUGGCAUGUUAUGUGAGAAGAAGUCAUCUUAGCACAGUAUUUACAGGAAUAUCAUGUAGUAUAUAUAUUAAAUUCAAAAUAAUUAACUAAUAUACUGCGAUCUUUACAGGAAACGUAUUAUUGGCCUUAGAAACUGUAAAUUAUGAAAUCACAACUUCGAUAUGUGAAUAUUGUGUCAAGGUGGCCUUUAUCGAUUAUUUCUAUUAUUGAACGAUUAUAUUACGUUCGUUGUAUAUAUCGCCUAUCGAACUUGUUCAUAUACGAAAAAUUAAAGUAAUUAUAAUGUCUCUUCCUGUUAAUCAUGUCUCUGGUAACAGGAGUGGGGAUUCAAUAUAAAAUCGCACUAUUUCAAACUUAAAACGGCAUUAAAAGGACUUGAAUAUUUAUGUUUGAUGUUUCCAUUUUCAAGUCGCAUUAUGAUAAAAAUAGCAAUAAUAAUAGAUAAUUAACUUUACCGAAUGUUACGGUCGAGAAUCAAAAAGGCUUAAACUGCUAACAUAUCGUAUUAUUUCUAGGAGUUGAGGAAGACGAUAUAAUUGAUUGAUCAUGUUACUUUGUUUUCUUGUAGCGAUUUUAUAUUGAUGUAGUGAUACUCAAUGAAAUGCUGCUGCUUAUACAUUUUUGUCAUUUUAUGAAAUAACGAGAUUUCCUUGAAAAUGUUUUUUAUUGUUUAUCAUAGUUUUACCGAACUUAUUAUCUGUUGGCCUCUAUUAUUAUAUUAUGUUUUUUUUUUAAAUAUAUUUAUAUAAUUGUUUUGUUAAAAUUUUAAUAUAUACUUUAAAGCGAUAGCAUUUCAUUUUGAGUAUUAGGACGAUUCUAAUAUAAUUCUUACAAUAAUAUCGUCCCAAGUUGUUUAUACAAUUUGUUAAUGUAAAACUAGUUAUCAGGUAUAUUAUUUUUUGUUAGUAUUUUUCGUUUCAUUUUCUGACAAUCAAAAUUUCAUUAAAAAUGUUUAUGAUAGGAAAUUUAUUUGAUAUAAAAAAAUGAGGCAUGGAGAAAGAGCAUCUGGACGGUCAGUGUUGGGCACUCGGAUUAAACAUAAAAUUGACGAAGAAUAGCAUUAUAUAAAGUAUACCUAAAAUAAGCUGCAAAUGCUGCUUUUAUUUAUUGGAAGUGUCUAAUGCUGAUAUUGCUUUGGCAAAUGUCUGGGUGCUAUAUAUAUUAGUAUUCGUUAUUAAGAGGCAGUGGACGUUUUGUUUUAAUGGUUUGUCCAGUAUGUCUUAAGUUUUAUACGCGGCGAUUUUAUUGAGUAGCCGCAUAAUUAAUGGUAGGAUGGCAGAUAAGUGACAGUUGGAGGGUUGGGUAAGGAUUGAACUCACAUCUGCCUCUAGUAGUAAAGUGUCAAGUUUUUUUAUCAAGUUGGACAAUGUUUAACUUUUGGGCAAUUAUCGUGGCCCCUGAGUGCGUUAUAUGAAGAGAUGGGACGGUUUGUAAGAUGAUCUUCGAUAGUUAUAUUUACAGUGUCCCUGUUCAAUAUUUUUUAUCAUUUAUAAAUUUUUAUCAACUAAUUGAUAUAACUGUGAACUGUUCGCAUUAUUAGCAAAAUGUCAUUUCAUAUAAACAGUCUUGCAAAAUAAAUUUAAAAAAUAUUGAACAGUGGUAACAUUAAAUUGUAAUAUAAUUUACAGCUCCAAAUAUGGAUUGCAACAGUUCAUAUAGGCGUAACUGUUAUUAUAUAGUUUAUGUAAAGCAUAAGAAGUGUAUAUGUUAUAUUUUGUAAUUUUUAUUGGAGUCCUGGCGGUUUCCCCCUUGGGUUUAUCGCCUUUUAUAGAGUGCAAUUUUAUCUACAAUGUGUUUUUAUAAUUCACUGGUAACAUUGUGUCUCUGUAGAGGACUCUCACAUAUCAUUUAUUUAUUUCAUUUAAAGUAUUUCUUUAAUUAUUACAUUUUCAUUUAUUUCAUAACUGCUACUUUUUGUCGUGUUUAUGUAUAUAUUAUUCAUAUGUAUAUAUAUUUGUAUUAUUUCUGUAGUGUGACUUCUGUUUGUAAUAACUGAAAAUCAAAAAAUAAACAAAAAAAAUAUUAAAUGUCAUUGCAGAAAAUGCAUUGGUAUGACAAAUGUAUAUAUUUAAAUGUGAACUUAACUUUUAAGUCGUUUCUGUUUUAUAUAAUAUAUUUAUUGUUUUUGAUUUGUCGUGUCGCAUAUAUAUAAAAUAAAUGUUCUUAAUUUUCGAGUAACAACAUAUUCUCGACAUAUUUCAGACAUGGCAAAACUACUCUGUAUGACUUAUCAGAAUAGAAAUGAGUAAGUUUAUAUUUUUAAUCUCAUCAAACUAAUUAACUCACUUUAAUUUCAUUUUAUAUCAUUUAAUAUUAUAAAUCCAUCUAUGUUUUUAUUUUGUUCCGUCAUAGGUCAUAUUAUAUUGUACUUAUUCCAUUAUCGAUAUUUGCUAAAGAAUACUUGAAAAAAAAAAAACCUUCAGAAAAUCCAAAAAAAAAAAAUUGUAAUAAUUAUAGUCAAGUUCGCAUAUAAUAUUAUGUUCGAUUAGUUCUUAAUCUAAUGUAAUGUGCCUGUGCACUUGAUCUGUGUGUUAAUCCUUAACAUCUGGAUAUUAGUUGUAUUGUGACAACGCUAGUGUUGUUUUUAACAACUGACGGGCUGCGACGACCUUAGAUGGGGACAUAAAAACCAGGUUGUUGUAAGUCCAAAGUAAUAUGCAUCAAUAAAACUGUUGCAAUCAAAUGUAAUUUCCAAUAAGAGCUGGUUUACGUUGGGAAGUAUACUGGCGUGUACAUUUUAAUGGCACUAUUCAUAUUAGUGAAAUACGAAAAAUUAUCGACUCGGACACAUUAAACGGAAGUCCUACCACGAUGUAUACGAUUUAACUGCGUAGUGACGAGUCAACUAUCAACAAAAUUUGACCCGAUAUAAAUGCCUACAGCAAGAGUCAGCGUUAAGCUCUAAUACGAACCAGCUCUUAAUACGAUAGACAACAAUAGUUUUAUUGAUUGUAUAUUGAUGUCGCCUCUAGGUUCGCUUGUAACAAUUUCAGAUUAAGUAUGAACGGAAAAUAUUAUAUAUGUACUAAAAUCACUGAUGAUUUUUAUAAAUACAGAAAAUAUACUACGUCUAUAUUAAAUAACUUCUUAUACGGAACCCUGAGCAUUUUCCGAUAUUUGUAUUUAUAAAAAACAUUAGGAAGAUAGUGCACUGUUUACGGUUAGGAAAUUGAACAAUAGAGAGAAGAAUAGAGGCGAUCUUAGUUUUAGUCCCCUAAGUUAUUUCACACUAAAAACCACGAUAUAACACUUAGUGGUGAAUGAGCUUUUUGGUCAAUAUGUAUUUAUAAUUCGAUUUGUAAAAUUUCACUUCAAUAAUUACUUUCUAAUAUCGAGAUGAGAGCAGUAAGUUUUUCUAUUCUACAUUUUUGAGACACGUCGCUAAUCACCACACGUUUAAAAAUAUUUUUUCAUUCAAAAAAUAUAAAAAUAUAUGUAGAGAUAUUUCUAAAGACUAAACCUUGCUUUGCUCUCGUCUCAAGAUAAACAUUGAACAAGUCGGCUUGUAACCGAUCGCCGAUGAUAGCCUUGGUUACAGGCAUGUUUGUUAUUGUUCAUCUCAAUAUAUUAUUUCUUUUAUUUCCAAAAAUCUGUUAUUCAUUAGACAAAAGUAUCUUGUAAGCCGGAGUAGUAGCAGUACUUAAGGGAUUUCACAUUUUUAUUAUUUAGUGCCAAAAGAGACAGAUACAAUUAAAAUAAUAUUAUUUUCCACUGUACACAUGCAAAUAACACUAACGUAAGUGCAUUUUUUGUAAUAACUAUAUUUCUGUAAACAGAAGUCACUUCGAAUGUAAUACUACGCGUAUUUUGGCACUAAUUGUUUUGUUCUAAAUGUUAUGUAGACUAUUUAGGCUAGACGUUAAAUUUAUGAAAUGGAAUUUUAAAAUAAUACAACCUUACUAAAUCAAUUAGAAGUGGUUAUCCCUGAAAAUAGUUACCAUUUUCGUUUACGUUAGGUUGUGCUCACUACUCUGGUACUUGCCACCUUUGGGAAGAUAAUAAAAAUAAACAAAUCAA